GAAGCCAACAAACAAACCGACAGGCUGACGGACGAAGCUGGCCCAGGCGACGACAACGACACCUCCGCCGCCGCCACUGCGCGCGAGGAGCUGAGAGGCAGUCACACAAAGGGGGCUCCUGUGAAAGCGGCAUGCAUGUGCGCCCAGCAAGAACAGCCUGCACCUGAAUUGAGGACCACACAUAAAAUCCUGCACUUGAGCAUCCCUAGAAUGGGGAACAGUACGUCGGCUAAAAAUAACUUAUCUACCGUUGCCACUGCUAACCAAAUACAGGAAACUAUCUCGGACAACUGUGUAGUGAUCUUCUCAAAAACCACCUGUUCCUACUGCAACAUGGCAAAGAAAUUAUUUCAGGAGAUGAAUGUGAACUACAAAGCUGUAGAGCUAGACACAUAUGAAAAUGGAAAUCAAUUUCAAGAUGUGCUUCGUCAAAUGACUGGUGGCAGGACAGUUCCCCGAAUAUUUAUCAAUGGAAAUUUUGUUGGAGGGGCUACAGAUACUCAAAGACUCCACCGGGAGGGCAAGCUGCUUCCUUUAGUGCACCAGUGUCAAAUGCGAAGAUCAGGAAACUUAGACCAACCAUGUACUUUUCCUUAACCUUAUUUUUGAUUCCUGAGCUCUGAGUCACAAAUUUUUAAACACAAAGGAUACAUGCCAUGUAUAGAUAAAUGUUUUGUCAACUUGAUGAGACCAGGUAAUUUACUAAGUGGAACAUCUUUCAUCCAGUCUUGUCCUGUAAUUACUGGUUCCAUUUUGAUAUUUCAGCCUAGUGUUCAUGUGGUGCUGGCAUUUUAUGUAGCAUGGAAUUGUCAUCUAAGAGGUGAUAAUUCUGAAGAAAGCAGUAUUUGUUAACCAAACAUAAAACUGAUGUGUGCGUGAACACUUAACAACAGUGGGGCAAAUUAGUUAAGAUUAUUUGCCAGGGGCAAACCUACUCCCAGUAACAAGAUAAAAUAAUGUCCCAGAGCAAAAACACUGCUUUAUAGGAGCUACCAGAGUCUUAUUCCAAUGGAACACUGCUUGCCACAGAAAUGUCUGAUUAAACCUGAUUUUUCCCUUUCUCUCAAGGCUAUACACUUAAGAAAUACGAAUAUAAAUAUAUAAAUUUUCUUGUGGAAAGCUGUUUCAGUUAAGGAAAUAAAUCAUCUGUUUCAGACCGUAAUCUUCAAUGAAGUGAGACCAAAGAUGUAAGAAAAGAAAUUUAUUUUUAAUAUCUCAUUUACAAAGCUGCUUUUUUCUUUGAAUUUUAUGCUGUAAUCUUCAAGACUCUGCUAGGACUUAAACGAUCAAGCACAGUUUCCCAAAUGCAAACAACACUUUCAGGUGGGUAGCUGUGUGGAAGAGCAAGAUUGGAGUCAAGAAGCACCUUAAAACAAAUAAGAUUUCUGGGGUGUAAGCUUUUGAGAGUCAAAGCUUUUACCAUAGAAAUCUUGUUGGUCUUUAAGGUACUACUGGAUUUGAAUCUUGCUCAGUGUCGAUUCUCUGUUUUUCGGCUGGAGCUUAGAAGCGGUAGUAGAUGCGGAAUGUUUCUUACCACUGGAGUAUUGCAUUCCUUCAUUAAGGAUGAACAAGCCCCUGGUUGCAAAAAUUAGCUAGCUAGAAGGCAGCGCUAGCUGGCAUCUUGAAAAAUGUGAUUUCCAAAAUCCACGAGGGGUGCUUUUAAGGAAGAACUGGUGAGUGAUAGGGUGGCAGCUGCCCUUUCCUCUGGGCCAUGCUGCUUUUGGAGAAUGUUUGAGGACAAAAAUAGAAAUUACUUGAGAGGGGUAAUUUUGCCAGAGGGACUUGGCAGACAGAAAAAUGGGUAACCUCCCUUCUCCGCUGUAAAAUUUUCUCCUUCCUGUAGUGGAAAUGGAACAUUGGAUACCGACCAUGAUGGGGCCUUCUCCUCUGAGGAAAGCAGGACAUCUUAGUGGGUGAUUCUCACCCUCCGUUCAGAGAGACAAGAACAAAUUCUUUCCACUUCCUAAUGGAAGUCACCCAUCUCCUCAGUUCUGGCGACUCCGAAAGCAGUUAACAAUGUUCUAAACUAUCAAACUCAACACUCUAGAAGACAGUAAUGAGUGAACGUUAAGUGACAGCAAGUUCAAGAAACAAUGGGACAGGAAAUGGCUCUGUUGAACAGAAGAAUGGAUAAUGACAUUGACUUCGAGGGGGCAGUCAGAACUGUGAUCUGUUGCCUUAACGUAGAAAACCUGAAUCCACUAGCAUGGUCGUCUUGCAAAAAGUGGAAGAAUAGAUUUGGUCUUAAAUGUCAAGUGGUUGACACAAAGCCUUCCAUGAUGUGUUGUAUAUUCUAUUAGUAGAGUGUUUCCUAGAGGCUAGUAAGGUGUCAGUCACUUCUCCAGAAUAGUCUAGUUGUAGUAAGUUGUCCUGCUCAAUUUCCAGACGGUUAAAUGUAGCAACUCCGGAUGUGGAUGCCAAAUUAGGUCUUGUUGAAGCAUGUCCGGAGAUACCAGAUGGGUAAGGAGGAGAUGUGUUGACAGUUGUUGAAAAGCUGAAAACCACAGUUGCUGUGGCGAAUACAGUGCUACUACUAUGA